AUGCAGGUGUCUUCUCGUCCUCCGUCAUCUCGUCGAGCCAGUCAUUUAGAGAUGAGAGGUCGCGCACCUCUUCCGGUUGCUUCUGGGGCACAGAAUCCCCAGAAUGGACAUUCUCGCAAUCCAUCAGCACUUGAUGUUGCCCGCAGCCCGCCGAAUCAGAGCAAUAAGAACACCAAACAUGUUCCUUGCAAAUUCUUCCGCCAGGGUGCCUGUCAGGCAGGCCCCGCUUGUCCUUUUUUACACUCCACCGAUGCCGGAAUUGACUACGCUCCUUGCAAGUAUUUUGCAAAGGGAAACUGCAAGUUCGGCGCAAAAUGUGCACUGGCGCACAUCCUACCCGAUGGACGGAGAGUCAACCGGCCGACUGGGAACAUGGGAAUGGGAAGCGGCCACCUCAAUCUGGGUGGCCGGGUGAAUCCGCAGGCCUAUGUCAACCAGGACUCCGCCUUGACCAACUCAGUACUCUCCCAACAGCGCAUGAACGACCACGAGCAGCCUCGAUAUGCCCCGCCGCUGGCCCCGCAGGAGGAAUAUGGAUCCCUGCAUGGGCAGCAACAGCCAUCCUAUGAUGGAAUCCCCACGAUCGAUACGGGCCUGGUCUCCGAUGCCGGCUCCAAGUAUGGAUCUCCCGCUGAAGAUGUCCGAUAUCUCAUGUCGCCUAGUAACAACCACCUUAGCGCUCUCGACGCGGGCCUCCCGGCUUCGUUCGACAGCCAAGGUAUCUCUCAUGCUGCCCGUUACGGCCCGGUGGCUGCUUCUAUGCCCUCGCAAUUUGGAUUGGAAUCGCCGCCACCCCAGAGACUGGGACAAGCAGAUGUAUUCCGGAACCUGCGCGACAUCGGUUAUGGUACCAGCUUGCGCAAGCCUUCAUCAAACGUCGGAUCUUCUCCUCCUGCUCCCGAAGAUACAAUCGGCACCCGGUUCAUGCACUCGUCGCGCCCCGUCAAGCCACGCAUGCUUUCUGCUAGCGUUCCCCGUCCCACGGCCCUUGAGGACUGGGAUGAAAACUUCCCUAUGGAAGAGGAUUACCUACCAGUCAACCUGCACGACGAUGUUCUGACUCCGCAGGAAAAGCUGCGCCGCCUCUCCCGAACUGAUAACGACUUAAGCUCCAGUCACCGCGACAUCAGCGGCCUUGGCAUGACCAGCACCAGCUUCUCUAAGACUGGUUCUCCACUGGCAUCGAGCCCGUCUCGGUUUGGUGCAUUGUUUGCAAAGCAGCGCCAGCGCAAGGAAGAGGAAUCUCAUGGCUCAUCCUCUUUCCACAUCGGUUCUCCUCUCCGUGAGUCAUCACUGAACCCAAUCACCAGUCCUAGCCUGGGACCCAUUGGCAGUAGCCGGGCAUCCCACGAAGGGGCGUCGUUUAUCUCGAGCCCUGGACGUCAAUCCUCAAUGUCGAUGAUUUCUGAGCAGCUCGGUGGCAUGGGUCUUCACCCUGGUUCUGCUCGCCAGUCUUCUGCCGGUCCUAGUCUUCCUACCAGCCGCCUUGACCGAAUCAUCUCCUCUCCUGUCAAUACAACCAAGAUUGAGGAGGAAGAGCAGAGUGACCUUGUCUUCGACAUGGAGGAAGAGGUCGGCAACAAGCGGAACAGUGCCUCGUGGAGUGAGAACAAACAAAGCUCCUCCUAA